GUGAGGCCCCCCGGUAUGUUUGACUCCUGCCCCUCAGGACAACGGCGCGGGCGCGAGCGCGGCUUUGCAGGAUGGCACGGUAAUGGAACAAUGCAAAAUGCACCGGAUUUAGGUUGUCAACACAAGAUGACUCAUAAUAUCCUGAAGAGUUUACAUCGAGUUGAACUUGGUGGAUACAACUACUGGCCACUCUUUUCACAGAUUGGAAUUCGUCUUUACAACUAUGAAGAAAUCCCAACCUUUCUAAAAGGCAAUCCUUACAUUACCGAUGGGUAUAGAGCUUACUUGCCAUCAAGUUUAUGCAUCAGAAGCCUCUUUGUUUUGUCCAACGAGAGUGUGAAUAUAUGGAGCCACUUGCUGGGGUUCCUGUUGUUCUUCCUCAUGGGUCUACAUGAUACGUGCUUCCUGUUGCCAUCGUCAAACAGCACCAGGGAUGACUAUGUUGUUUUUAUUAUUUUUGGCUUCUGUUUCCAGUUCUGCAUGCUCUGCUCCGCGGGCUAUCACCUCUUCUGCUGCCACCACUCCGAGAAAACCAGCCAGCAGUGGCUUGCCCUUGACUAUGCUGGGGUCUCAGUAGGAAUGUUGGGAUGCUACGUCCCAGGAGUCUUUUAUGCCUUUUAUUGUGCCGAGUACUGGAGACAAGUGUACCUGAUAACUGUGCUGGCCAUGAUAAUUGUGAUGUUCCUCACGCAAAUCCAUCCACAGUACGCCUCUCAACAUUGCCACAAGCUACGCAUUCUGCUCUUCUGUUUCAUCGCUGCCUAUGGAGUAAUCCCCACAGUUCACUGGAUAUUUCAGAACGGCGGUAUAGGGGAGCCUGUUGUCAAGGUGUUUGCUCCAAGAGUGUGUAUUAUGUAUCUUCUAGCAAGUUUGGCAUUUCUGUUUUAUUACAGUAAAGUACCCGAGAGGUACUUUCCUGGUGGAUACUUGAAUUACUUUGGCUGUAGUCACCAGUGGUGGCAUUUCUUGGUAGUUUUAAUGUUCUAUUGGUGGCAUCAGACUGCUGUGCAUAUAAUGCAUUAUAGACAUGAGCAGCCAUGUCUAAAAAUAAAGUAAACUUUAAUUUAGAAGUUUUCCAGCAUUGCCUGAAGAGGACUGCUUCCCUGUUUCAAAAAAAAAAGCAACAAUUUGGCUAAUUAACAGCCGAGUCUUCUAAUCAACUGCAUGAUUGCCUCCUAAUUUACUUAAAACUGAAUGUGUCUCAGUCAUGUGCUGUCGGUUUGAAGAUUUGUACUGUGGUAAAGUCUGGUACCGUGCUGCCUACUCAACGAUUCCUCAGACUUAUUGUUGCAUGAAGAAGCCUUUCUAAUGAGCCAAAUUGUUGGCCACUUUUCUAACAUUUGGAUUGUGCCAGUAUCACAAACUCAAGGUGCUGUAAAGGCAGCUGUGUUAAAAUGCCUUUUAACAAAGUCAAUGCAUGUGUUUGUAAAAUACAAAAUGUAUUUAUUCCAAUGUCUUUGCAGUAUAAUGCCUGCUUUGUCAGUUAGUUCACAUUUUAUAGAAAUGAUUUAAUAUGUACUGUAACAUGUAUGCUGCAAAUUUAAUAUAACCAGGACAAAAGCAAUUGUAUUGCAUGAAAAAUAACAAGUUUACAAUGCCUAACCCAUGGCCCUCCCAAAUAAUAUUUUCCUGAUAUUUAACCCAUGAUUACAAGUUUAAAUAAUUAAACCUGGUUUGUUGUGAGGUAAUCAACUAAUUUUGAAAACAAUGUACACUGGAUGUUUAAAUCAGAAGACCAUAACUUAAAAAGUGUUUACAAAAUAAUGUGUAACAAAUUUUAGGGAGAAGAGGGGGGGAAAACUAGUAAACUUUAUUUUUUUAAAUGGGGAAAUCUCAUGUCAAUCUUUAGAUAAUCUACAUCUAACAACAUUGAUGUUGUGCAGUUUUCUGAAAUAUUGUCCUGGACAACAUGUG